UGAGCAGUGCGCCCCAACACUCCUCCCCGAGUGGGCUCCGCCGCCUGCCCAGCACGGGGCGCCAAGCCUCAUUUUCUUUGCCUUUCUAGCUCCCCAGACACUGGAGCAAGUGUGAAGCCGGAGAAGUUUCCGCUAUCUCAAGUCUGUCCACUUCUCCAAGGAGCUACCGGCAGGCUUCUGGGCCAUGUGUCCCCCAGUCAGCGUUUACCAUGCAGACAAGGGCAUGUCCCAGCUCUGUGAGGCCUGGCUCUACCAGCUUGUCCACGAAGACCAGGUGAUGAUUUGCUUUGCUUGCUUCAAGGCAGGUUUUCUGUUAGUUAAAUACAAGGUAGAGAUGGGAGAGUGGGAAGAGGAAAAUUGGGAUGCUGAGUCCGUGGAACUCUCGGAGGCAGGAUCUGAGCCGGAGGAGUGCAUGGAGUUGGAACCUGCCUUGCUACAGAGCCAGGAAUCUUGUCCACAGACUGACUCUGAACGUAGAGGGUCUGAGAUCCUGACACCAAGCCCUGUAGCAAUGGAACCCCAGCCUGUGCCCACUGAGCUGGGGCCUCAGGAAGCUGUACCCCUGGACCUGGACCCCGAGGAUACUGAAUGGACCCAGGCCUUUCACUGGAGGUUAGAUAUCUUUGAAUACUGCCACCACGAGCUCCUCAUCCCUCCUAUGUCCUGGUGGGAUGUUUUCAAUGAAGGCCCAUUUCCUGGGCAACCUGUAUUGUUGGAGUUGAGCCACAUCUGGCCCAUGGAUCCAUGGGAAGCAGAAUCCUGGUUGAUAGACCUGAAUUUCUUCUUACUGCUGAAUAGUUUUGAUGCCAUCUGGUACCUGAUGUCAAUGACUCCUCUCUGGGCAGUGAGGACCCGGGUUAAGCGCUGGCUGGUGUUGCUGGAUCCUGGUGAGGUGACGCUGGUCCAGCUACAGAAUGCACCUGAACAGCAGGACCUGAACCGCUGGAAGCUGAGCAUCCUGGAGUCCUCAGAUCCGGAGGUGGAGCUGGUGCCCGCUGACUACAGCCUGCGGAAGGGAGGCUUCAAGGUGCACUCCUACCUGCCCUGGCACAAUAGCACCCCGGAGGCCUGGAGCAGGGAACCAGGGGAGGGGCUCCCUGUCAGAGAAGUUCCACUUGAUUGGAGCCCGAGUGACUCGAGUGACCCGAGUGACCUGAGUGACCCGAGUGACCCGAGUGACCCGGACUUCCUCGAUCUCGAAUAACCAAGGCAUUGAUGCUUAGGCAGCCCCCAUUGCCCCAGGGCCCCAGGGAAUAUGAAGAGCCAGAGGUUACCUGUUCUGAGUAGCAGGGGAACUGUUGGUCUAGGAUUUGAGGGGAGCAUCUAGAACAGCAUAGGGGCUUAGGGGCCUCAGAGGGAAGUCUGGCAUAUUUACAUCAGGAGUUUAGUUGUCCUCAGGUGACCAGUGUUUGGAAGGUGAGGCCUAACUGUGUGUGUAGGUGGAGUGUUGUGUAUUGGGUGUUGUGGGGGACAGGUCACAGAUUUUGUACUAGUAUGUGCAUGGACUCUGAGGCACUGGUUGCCCUGGCAUGUUAUGUAGUUAGAUCCUGUCUUUGGGGUCAUGAGACCUGGUUUCAGGGGUAACUGUACAGAGUGUUUAUGCUCUUUGUUUUUAUUCAUGCUCCUU